AUGCAGUCCGACCAAGCACGCCGCUUCUCCAAGGUGUCGGUCUCGCGCGCAGAGACCGGCGCCGACGCGACCAAUGCAGACCGCACGCUAGAGGACAUGGGAUACAAGCCCGAACUGGCGCGCAAUCGCUCCAUCUGGCAGAUCACCUUCAUGUGUUUCAUUCUCUCGUCCGUCCCCUACGGUCUCUCCACCACGCUGUACUACCCCCUCGUCGCCGGUGGCCCCGCCAACAUCAUCUGGGGCUGGGUCGUUAUCUCCUUCCUCAUUGUCUGCGUCGCCAUCUCCCUCGCCGAAAUCACGUCCGUCUACCCCACGUCUGGUGGUGUCUACUACCAAACAUUUGUCCUUGCGCCUCUCUGGUGCCGUCGUGUCGCGUCCUGGAUCUGUGGCUGGUCCUAUGUCGCGGGUAAUAUCACCAUUACCCUCGCCGUCAACUUCGGGACCGCGCUGCUUUUUGUCGGCUGCCUCGAUGUCUUCGAGAAGUCCCCUGGCGUCGGCCUCACCGAUGAUUGGCAGGCCUACCAGAUCUUCCUGAUUUUCCUGGCCAUUACCCUGUUGACCCAUGCCAUCUCGGCCUUUGCCAACAAAUGGCUGCCCUGGGUGGAGACUUUCGCCAUCUUCUGGACUAUCGCGGGCCUGAUCGCCAUUGUGGUCUGCCUGCUGGCGAUCGCCAAGGAGGGUCGCAACAAAGCCUCCUGGGUCUUUGGACACUUUGAACCUCAAGCGGGCUGGCCUGCGGGCUGGUCCUUCUUCAUCGGUUUGCUGCAGGCGGCCUACGCCACCUCGGCAACUGGCAUGGUUAUCUCUCUCUGCGAGGAAGUCCACGAGCCCGCCAUUAUGGUUCCCAAGGCCAUGGUCGGCACCGUCGUCAUCAACUUCGUUGCCGGUCUCAUCUUCUUGAUCCCGCUUUGCUUCGUCAUGCCCGAGCUGAGUCUGCUCAUCAAUGCCUCCCAGCCUACCCCGGUCAUCUUCAAGCAUGCGAUCGGGAACUCCGCCGGCGCGUUCUGCCUGACGAUCCCCCUUCUGGUGCUGGGGCUCAUCUGUGGUGUGGGCUGCGUAACCGCCACCUCGCGCGCCACCUGGGCCUUCGCCCCGUACCGGCAUCCUCUCAACGCGCUGGCGCUGGGUAUGGCCAUUGAGAUUGUCCUGGGCGCCAUAUACUUCGGUUCUACCGCGGCCUACAACGCGUUCUCGGGUGUGGGUGUGAUCUUCUUGACCAUGAGUUACGCCUGCCCCAUCGCCGUCUCCCUGAUCUUCCGUCGCCGCGAGGAUAUCAAGAAUGGCACCUUCAACUUUGGCAUCGUUGGUGCUAUCGCUAAUGUACUUGCGCUUGGAUGGAGUCUUCUUGCCAUUCCCCUCUUCUGCAUGCCUACUCUCACGGCGGUGACCAAGGAAAAUAUGAAUUACGCGUCGGUUGUGUUUUUCGGUUUCGUGCUCAUCGCAGCCGGCUGGUACGUUGCCUGGGGCUAUCAGAACUACCGCGGCCCGCCCACCGACGCGGUCGAUCACGACAACGAGUCCUUGCCCCCAACCUACCCCGAGGGCACCGACGUCUCCAGCAAGUCCAGCGACCUGCUGAACAAAGCCAAGAGCCCAUGA